CAGUGUUUGUUCAGUACAUCUGAAAAGGAAGGUGUGAGAAGCAAAACCCAUGGCCACGUUCCACUGCCAAUUAUGCGGCAAGACAUUUCCCACCCUGGAGAAGUUCACCGUCCACAAUUACUCCCACUCCAGGGAGCGGCCAUUCAAGUGCAUGCAGACUGACUGUGGCAAAGCCUUCGUUUCCAGAUAUAAAUUGAUGAGGCACAUGGCUACCCACUCGCCCCAGAAGACUCACCAGUGUGCCCACUGUGAGAAGACAUUCAACCGCAAGGACCAUCUGAAGAACCACCUCCAGACCCACGACCCCAACAAAAUGUCCUUCGGGUGUGAGGAAUGUGGGAAGAAGUACCACACCGUGCUGGGCUACAAGAGGCACCUGGCGCUGCAUGCCGCCAGCAGUGGAGACCUCACCUGUGGGGUCUGUGCCCUGGAGCUGGGGAGCACCGAGGUGCUGCUGGAUCACCUCAAAACCCACGCAGAGGAAAAGCCCCCCAGUGGAACCAAGGAGAAGAAGCACCAGUGCGACCACUGCGCGAGAUGCUUCUAUACCCGGAAGGAUGUGCGACGUCACCUGGUGGUCCACACAGGAUGCAAGGACUUCCUGUGCCAGUUCUGCGCCCAGAGAUUUGGGCGCAAGGAUCAUCUCACCCGUCACACCAAGAAGACACACUCGCAGGAGCUGAUGAAAGAGAGCUUGCAGACCGGCGACCUUCUGAGCACCUUCCAUCCCAUGUCGCCCCCAUUCCAGCUGAAGGCCGCUGCCUUGCCUCCUUUCCCGAUAGGAGCUCCUGCCCAGAGCGGGCUUGUAGGUAGCUUGCCGGCUGAGGUCCAUGGGCUCACCCUCAGUCCCCCCGAACAAGCCGUGCAGCCUGUGCCACUGCCAGAGUCCCUUGCUCCUCUGCAUGCCAUGAUAGUCCCCGGCUCUCCUCCCCAGACCCUUCCCGAUCAAAAGUACAGUGCCAGUUCGACCUCAUACCCGCCACUUGCAGGCCUGCCUCUUAAAGCAGAUACUAAAGGUUUCUGCAAUAUGAGCUUGUUUGAGGACUUCCCUCUGCAGGAGCCUCAGUCACCUCACAAGCUCAACCCAGGUUUUGAGCUGGCUAAGGGAGGGGCUGGGAAGGUUACCCUGCCCAAAGAGCUGCCCGCAGAUGCUGUGAACCUAGCAAUCCCUGCCUCUCUGGAGAUUUCCUCCCUGUUGAGCUUCUGGCAGCUGCCCCCUCCAGCACCCCAAGAUGGCUUUGGGAAUGGCACUCUCCCUCUGGGGCCUGGAGAGCCUCUGCCCCAUAGAUUAAACUGUCUGGGGCAGCAGCAGCAGGAAGCCCCAAUAGCCGUGGGCACUGUGAGCCUGGGUCAGCUCCCCCUGCCACCCAUUCCCCACGUUUUCACAGCUGGCACCACCACUGCUAUCCUGCCUCAUUUCCAUCAUGCAUUCAGAUAAUUUGGUUUUAAAACCAUGCGUUUUUUAAAAAAAAAAAAAAAAAUUCUGGAAGCUAUUUUAAGAAGCGUUUUUAAACAUCAGCUAUUAUAUGAGGAAAGAAAGAUUUGGAAAACAGGACUGGGACUAUGGCUUAUUCGGUGAUGAGUAGCUUGAGAAAGAAUUCUCAAACUGCAUGUAUCUGCCAAUCUGUCCUGAGUGUUCAUGCUUUGUACCAAAUUUAACAAGCACAUUUUCUGUAAUCGAACUGCAUAUAUAUUGUCAUAACCAACAUCCAAAAUGACAGCUGCUAUAUACAAGUGUAUGUCAUAUUGCGUUUAAUCAUAAGCCAUGAUCAGAAUAAUGUUAGCUAAAUGUUAUGUAGCACUGCCUAGCAAAGGAAUACAGAAAGGUUUGGCUCUCUCACCAUGGGAGAAUUGUUUUUAAAAGAAGACUAUAAUCUUUAUAUGGCAUAUUAUAACUAGGCUGUGUAUUUCUUUUCAGGGACUUUUCUACCUUUCAGGGUUGGAUGUAGUUUAGUUACAAUUACCGUAGCCAACCUGUAGCUUUACAGAAACAAUUGCUUGUGGAGCAAUAGAUUUCUCCAUUUAAAAAAGAGCAUUUUAAGUGUAGUUUGAAUAUUUUCCACAUAAUGCUGCAAUGUGAGUUAUUACUUCAUUUAUCUUAAAGACAAAACUGGUCGUCAGUUACAUCUGACAGAAAAAAAAAAUCACUGUGUAACCAGGUUAAGUGGUAAAAUAAUCCAGGCAUCAGUCAAAGGCAUUUUGCUGACUAUAAUAUUGAUUAUAUUUUUAACAGGAAUUUAAGAAAAUAUACUGGAAUUUAAAAAUAUAUAUAUAAAUAUAUUAAACAAGAAUUUUCUUUGCCUAGCUUAAACUAUUACUCAAGCUGCUUAAGUUCCAAGUAUUGUUUUUAAUCACCAAUACAUAAAUGCAUUUGUAACUCAUCAACUUAAGUCAUUAUUAGCUUUUAUUCAAAGACGAUUACAUUUUACAAUGUAACUGUACUUGUAAUCUAUCUCUUGAAUUUGGUAUCUUCUUAAUGAAUUUAAACAAUGUAAACCCUAACCUUUUAAAAAGUCUUUUCUUUUGUUUUUAGAGACUCUUUUUUUUCCAUAAACAUAUAUAUCUUACAUAUAAUAAACUUUACAGAUCUUGCA